AUGGCGGAAAAAGUGGCUUCUCGAGAUGUCGAGGACGUCAUGGGGUACUCCGAGUCCGACAUAGUCGACCCGGCCCGUGAGGCAGCCGAGAAGGCUUUGGUCUGGAAACAGGAUCGCAGGAUCGUACCUCUAUGUGCGGCUAUUUAUCUUUUGUGUUAUCUGGAUCGGUCGAACAUUGGUAAUGCCAAAAUCCUCAAUCAGAAUACACACGAUGACCUUCUUUCGGAGACCCAUAUGACUUCGUACCAGUAUACAAUCGCAUUGAUGGUGUUCUUGAUUGCGUAUGCAUUGUUCGAAGUUCCAUCAAAUUACUUUUUGAAGAAGCUCCGGCCAAGCCGAUGGAUAGCCUUCCUCAUGUUUUCUUGGGGCGCAACGACAAUGGGUCUCGGCGGCGUGCAUAACUACGCCCAAGUCACAGGGCUGCGUUUCCUGCUCGGAGUCAUGGAGGCAGGCCUUUUCCCUGGCUUCGUCUACUAUCUAACAUUCUGGUACCGAAACUCCGAGAGAUCUAUGAGGGUAGCCUUGAUCCUAGCCUCAGCAACACUGGCGGGUGCUUUUGGCGGUGCGAUUGCAUUUGGCGUAGGCCAUAUGAAUGGCGCACACGGACUUUCCGCUUGGCGAUGGCUGUUCAUCAUCGAGGGUGCGCCGUCUUGUGCUUCAGCAUUUCUAGUUUGGUUCCUGUUGCCAGACUAUCCGGAGACUGCGCACUGGCUGUCCGCUGAAGAGAAGGAGUUAGCGGCCGAUCGCUUGAGCUUAGAAGGAUCAAAGGGCUCAGCGAGUUCCAUGUCUUGGGCCGAUGCGAAGGCAGUGCUGGUAGACUGGCGCUUGUAUGCCCACUAUGCUGUAUACUUUGGAAUCUCGACGCCAUUCUCGAGUCUUUCUCUUUUCACACCGGCCAUCACCGCUGGCCUGGGAUAUUCGAACUUGCGUGCUCAGCUCAUGACUGUACCCCCCUAUGCCGUUGCAUAUGUCGUGACAGUCACUGUAGCCUGGUCGGCAGACCAUUUCAAUAAUCGUGGUCUUCACUCAGCCAUUUUCUCCUUCAUCGGGGCAAUGGGCUUCUUAGCCUCUGCCGUCCUUCCCGCAGACGCGUACCUACAUCGUUACGGCUGUCUGAUAGUCGCAGCCAGUGGCGCCUUUGCCUGUAUCCCACCACUCCUUGGCUGGCUCUCUUCAAACCUGCGCUCCACCGCUGGCGCAGGUCUCGCCAUCGCGCUCAACGUAUCUUUCGGCGCCCCAGGCCAGAUUGUCGGCGUCUGGAUCUACAAAAGCAACGAGGCGAAAAAGGGGUAUCCGACAGGCCAUUGGACAAAUGCAGCACUAUUGCUGUUCGUUGCGGCCGGGUGUGUGCUCCUUAGACUCUAUUACGGGUGGAGAAAUAGUCGAGGAUUCGGCGAUGGAAAUGGAAAGAAGUUUGCGUAUUAG